CAUGCCUGAAUCCUCGCUCAGCGGGCUCGUAGUGUCGACGCUCAUCUCGACGUUCCUCUACGCGGUCACCUGCUGCCAGAUCUAUUUCUAUUACAAAAGCAACUUCAAGGAUCCAGCUCGGACCCGUGUGUUGGUCAUUCUCGUCGUGCUGUUCGAGACGGCCCAUACAUUGUGUUUCUGGAUAUACCUGUAUCGCGUGACGGUGCUCAACUACGGCGACUUGUCUAUCCUGACCAAAAGAGACUGGAGCCUCAGUCUGUCGAUUGUCUUCCACGGCAUCAUCAGCGCCCUUGUCCAGGCGUAUUACGCCUACAGAAUCUGGGUACUCUCGCGGUGGCACUACAUCAGCUUCAUAUCAUGGGGAGGCUCCGUUCUUGAGAUCUUGGGCUCAGUCGGCAUCACGACCGCUCUGCAGAAGUUUGGGCCGAUAGAAUUCACUGCUCACUGGAAGUGGAUAGCAAUAGCAACGAUCGCACUCGACGUCUUCAUCGACACCGUCAACACCACUGCGCUCUCUUUUUUCCUCUACACCCAUCGGACAGGGUUCAAGCAAACCGACCAGCUCAUCGUGAGGCUCAUCGCGUGGACCAUCGAAACCGGCCUGCUCACGAGUGUGGUCGCAACAGUGAUGCUUAUCGCUUGUAUCGCACUCCCGAAUAGCGAACUAUACAUCGCGUUGUCUGCAUUUUAUCCCAAGCUCUACUCGAAUUCGUUCUUUGCCUCGCUAAACGGACGUGGCCCCCUUGGCCCCGGGGCUAGCAAGCAUAAGACGACGACGUUUGACGAACGUCAUCACACUACUUUGCACGAGUUUUACAUCACUCAGGAGACAAUCGAGAUGGCAAGUUCGAGUGACCCUCAUUCGGGCUCGUCAAAGCCGAACCCCACUGGACCCUUCACAUGACGAAAUCCAGAGCCGGUUGCUGGUGACGGAGGAUAACGAUCACGUCGAUAUACGGGCCCCUGAGUUGUGGAGGACGGAUGGUAUGAUAGACUUUCAUUUAAUGCAUAUUAUCCGAUCCCAUUCUUUCGCUUCCCCGAUGGUUCUGCAUGGCCCUUGGAUAGAUAUUAUGGAUGCUGGCGGACAUCCUUUGUCGAGAUCGGAGGCCGGGAUUACGUGUAUGUAACUUAGAUUUUAUGGGAUGUUGUCAUGGG